UGAUCAAGAUGAAUAUGAGGUCGUCCGGAAAGUUGGAAGAGGAAAAUACAGUGAAGUAUUUGAGGGAAUACAUGUUAAUAACAAUGAGAGGUGCAUAAUCAAGAUCCUUAAGCCUGUUAAGAAGAAGAAGAUCAAGAGAGAGAUAAAAAUACUUCAAAACCUCUGUGGGGGUCCAAAUGUUGUCAAGCUUCUUGAUAUUGUCAGAGAUCAGCAUUCAAAAACACCAAGCUUGAUUUUUGAGUACGUGAACAGCACGGAUUUCAAAGUACUUUAUCCAACAUUGACUGAUUAUGAUAUACGUUACUACAUAUAUGAGCUUCUGAAGGCAUUGGAUUAUUGCCAUUCUCAAGGGAUAAUGCACAGGGAUGUCAAACCUCAUAAUGUUAUGAUAGACCAUGAGUUGCGAAAACUUCGCUUGAUUGACUGGGGCCUUGCUGAAUUUUAUCAUCCUGGCAAGGAAUAUAAUGUUCGUGUGGCAUCAAGAUACUUUAAAGGUCCUGAAUUGUUGGUUGAUUUGCAAGAUUAUGAUUAUUCUCUGGACAUGUGGAGCCUUGGUUGCAUGUUUGCUGGAAUGAUUUUUCGCAAGGAACCUUUCUUUUAUGGCCAUGACAAUCAUGAUCAACUCGUAAAAAUUGCUAAGGUUCUUGGGACGGAUGAAUUGAAUGCAUAUUUGAACAAGUAUCAUCUGGAGCUUGAUCCUCAGCUUGAUGCACUUGUUGGGAGGCAUAGCAGGAAGCCCUGGUCUAAAUUUAUCAAUGGAGACAAUCAGCAUCUUGUUUCUCCAGAGGCUGUUGAUUUUCUCGAUAAGCUUCUUCGCUAUGAUCACCAGGACAGGCUUACAGCGAGAGAAGCUAUGGCACAUCCAUAUUUCUCUCAGGUGAGAGCUGCUGAAAGUAGCAGGAUGAGAACGCAGUAGUAAUUAGAUUAUUAUGUGGAGUAUCUGCAUAAACUGAAGAGUGAUGUCAGUUAUUGGAUGUUAAAGUGGUAGAAGUAUGAGCUGCCCUGUAUUAUAGUUAAGAAAUUGAAGCUGAAAAAUGAUACCUUAAAUAUUAUUUUUAAGUCGCUUUUCUUGUUUUCAUAAUGGACCGUAAACCCCCCGAGCUUAUUCUUGUUCUGGAGUAAAAGUAACUAUAUACUGUGUGCAAAUUCUGAAGCAAUACUUUAAUACUUUUUCCCAGUUCAUAAUU